UAUAGAGAUAAGAAAGUAGUGUCAAUAACAAACCCAAUGCUGCUAUUAACUCACAUUUCGCUUUCUUUAUCCUUUUCAUGUGUGCUUUGCAUAUAUGCUCCCUUCAAAUUCAUUUUCAUUCCCUUGUAUGUUUAGGCACACACAUAUGUUACUCUUAUUCAGCACCAUUUUCAUGCAGAGGGGCAAAGCAAAAUAAGUCCAAUCUCUCCAAUCAUAUUUUAGUUACAUUGCAGGGUGAAGAAGACCAAAGAGAGUAAUGGCUGGGGCAUUCAAAAAGUGCAUGAUGCUGUGUUGCACAAGCAAGAUUGUCUCGAAGGAAGACAUGGCUGGAGAAACAUUCGAGGAUUCCAUCGCAACUCUGACCAGACUUCUCAAGGAGAAAGCUGAGCUUGGUGAUAUCGCCGCCGUGAAGAUCAAGGAGCUGACGGCGGAGUUAGAGGCCAACGGUUCAAAGCCGUUUAACCCGGAUGAGAGGAUCCGAUCCGGGUUUGUUAGUUUCAAGACUGAGAAAUUCUUGAAGAAUCCUGAGCUGUACGGUGAACUUGCCAAAGGCCAGAGCCCAAAGUUUAUGGUGUUUGCUUGCUCAGAUUCUAGAGUAUGCCCUUCCCACAUUUUGGAUUUCCAACCGGGUGAAGCCUUUGUGGUCCGUAACAUCGCCAACAUGGUUCCACCAUUUGAUAAGACCAAGUAUUCGGGAGCAGGGGCAGCCAUUGAAUAUGCGGUCUUACAUUUAAAGGUGGAGAAUAUUGUAGUUAUUGGACACAGCUGCUGUGGAGGCAUAAAGGGGCUCAUGUCUAUCCCAGAUGAUGGGACCACCGCAAGUGAUUUCAUUGAGCAAUGGGUCCAAAUAUGUAAUCCAGCAAGGUCCAAGGUUAAAUUAGAAACAAGUAGCUUAAGCUUUGCAGAGCAGUGCACAAACUGUGAAAAGGAAGCUGUGAAUGUAUCGCUUGGGAACUUAUUGACUUAUCCAUUUGUGAGAGAUGGUGUUGUGAAGAAAAGCCUUGCUUUGAAAGGAGCACAUUACAAUUUUGUUAAUGGCACAUUUGAGCUGUGGGAUUUGAAUUUCAACCUUUUACCCUCUGUAUCCAUUUAAGGUCUCUACAACACCAAAGUGAACUUGCAGUAUAUAUCAUGAACAUUAGUCCUUUGGAAGAGUAUUUUGUUGGUUAACCAUCGAGAAAGAAAUAUACAUUAAGCAAUAAUAAUGUUUUGUGAUCAAAUAACAAUAACUCAAGUAUUUUUGUUUUCUAUCAACAUCUUAAUUUUCUCUGUUUA